AUGUUCCUGGUGGUGAGGACAAGGUUCUUGGCGGUGAAGACAAGAUUCCUAACGGUGAGGACAAGGUUCCUGGCGGUGAGGACAAGGUUCCCGGCGGUGAUUGAGGACAACGUUCCUGGCGGUGAAGACAACGUUUCUGACUGUGAGGACAAGGCUUCUGGCGGUGAGGACAAGGUUUCUGCCUGUGAGGACAAGGCUUCUGGCGGUGAGGAUAAGUUUCCUGCCUGUGAGGACAAGGUUCCUGACGGAGAGGACAAGGUUCUUGGCGGUGAGGACAAGGUUCCUGGCGGUGGCGACAAGGUUCUUGGCGGUGAGGACAAGGAUCAUGACGGUGAAGACAAGGUUCCUGCCGGUAAGGACAAGGUUUCUGGCGGCGAGGACAAGGUUGCAGACGGCGAGGACAAGGUUUCUAGCGGUGAGGACAAGGUUCCCGGCGGUGAGAACAAGGUUAUUGGCGGUGAGGACAAGGUUCCUGACGGUAAGGACAAGGUUUCAGGCGGUGAGGACAAGGUUUCAGACGGUGAAGAAAAGGUUUCUAGCGAUGAGGACAAGGUUCCAGGCGGUGAGGACAAGGUUCCUAGCAGGGAGGACAAGGCUACUGGCGGUGAGGACAAUAUCCCUGGCGGUGAGGACAAGGUUCCUGGCGGUGAGGUCAAGCUUCCUGACUGUGAGCACAAGGUUACUGACGGUGAGGACAAUGUUCCUGGUCGUGAGGACAAGGUUCUUGGCGGUGAGGACAAGAUUCCUGGCGGUUAG